AUGUCUAACGCACUGAACGAAGAUAACACGCCUGACCUCAAGGUCGACGAAAGCCCCAUCUCGCCCAUUGAGCGCCGGAACUCUCUCGAGAAGCACUUGCAGCUGCGCCCCGAUGUUCAAGACCUCAAGAAUCGCAACAUCCUCCUUAACAGCAAUGCUGCCCCGGCCCUACAAGCGAAACAGCACGAACUCGAGCGUCAACAACAAUCCGACAAUUUAAGAAAACAUCUCGAGAAGCGACCAGAACGUGACGAACUGGUGGAACGAAAUAUCCUUCCCGACUCAACCGCCGCGCCAGCGCUGCAAGCCAGUCAGAAAGCCUUGGAUCGUCAUAUGCGAGCAGACAGUCUUGAGCAUAAGAUUCAACAGCGGCCCAAGCCAGAACAGCUGGUCAAAGAGGGUAUUCUGGAGGCGGAUGAAGACCCGACCAAGCCAUGA